AUGAGAAUAUAUAAAAAGUAUCAUUUUAUAUUUGGUCUCAGUAGUUGCUACACAAUGUGCUAUUUGAUUAAUUUCAGAAAUCAUUAGUAUUAUCUCAAAAAGUCCUAAAGAUAUGAUACUCUGAUCAUUAAAGGCUUAGCUAUCAGCAGCAAAAAGAAAUAAAAAAAUUUAUUAAAAAAUAUCAUAAAAAAGAUAAUAAAUAGUUAAUUAAAUAAGAAAACUUUUUAAAUGGAUACCCUUACUACCAAGAUCACUGUUAAGUCUGCUACUGGUGAUGCAGUUGAAUUCGAUGCUAAGAUUUGCGAAUUGUGUGAUUUAAUCAACAACAUGCCCGACAAAUCUUAACCCCUCACCACUGAUAUCUCCACUGAACUUUUAAAUCUUAUUAAGUCAUUCGCUGAAAAGCACAGUUAUGACAAGAAGUCAAUGACUUACUGCUUCCCUACCAUUAGCAAUUCCAUCAAGGCAAACAUUAGUGACAAGUCUUAUGAACUCCUUAAGGAUCACAUUGUCGAAGGUAGCAUCUCUGAAACUGCCAAGAGACUUGCUCCCCUCAUCAAUGCUGCUGAUGUUUUGAGAUUCCGUAAGUUGUACACCACCUUAAACAUCGUUUUGGUUACCCCCUUACACAUCGACGAAUCCGAAAAGGCAGUUAAGGAAUUCAUGGAUAACCACAACUUGAAGGAAGAUGAAGACUUCAAUGCUGAAAAGAUUAACCAAGCCAUUCAAGAAAACAACGAAUUAUUCGAACUUGUUGUUGCAAGAUUUGCCAAGAACGUUGAAGAAUUAGAUAGAAUCCAAGGUGUCACUGAUUGA